AACGGGGGAGAGCUGUCAGAGCUGCUCUCAGAGAUAAAGCGCUUCAGUCCGGGCAGCAAUUGGAAGCUCUGAAGAAGCAGAGUCUGCUCUGGAAGGAAACUAUAAGAAAUGGAACUUCAUUUUACUUAGAAUUUACAAAGGAAAGGGGGAAAAAAAAACCACCUUUUUUUUUUUUUUAAUCAGCUAAACAUGCACCUACCUAACUAAACUGGGACUCUGUAUAAUAAAGGAUCUACUUUAUUUCUCUGGAUCCAUGCUGCAUUUUACUACAGUAAGUGUAACACUAAUAGGAAUGUUGUAUUUUGCCUGUAAAUAGCCAGGAAAGCAUGAAACGGCAUCAGUGAAAUGUGAGUGGAGCAAAAAAAAUUCUCUUGGCAAAGAGGGCUUUGCUGCAAGUGAGGACUGGAGUCUGAGGAAGAUCCAAGUGAUAUUUAACAUGACCAUCUGUAUCAUUUUGUCACCAACAGCAUGUUCUUGAGGAAGAAGUGCAGAUAUGGAUCACGUAAGCUGCAGUUUCUCCUGCUGCUGCUGAUGCUGGGCUUUUUGCUGCUGAUGGUUACAACGCUGAACCCCCCACCCAGCAACCAGAGCAAGGAAGGGAAUUUCCAGCCUGUGGAGUUCAGCCUCCGGGAAGGGAAUCAGAUGGACUUGGCGGAGACUCGGGAAAUGCUGGAGACCCAGGAGGAGAACCAGCAGUACUACCCUUUGGAUGGGCUAUCACCUUUCAUCUCCCUGCGGGAGGAUGAGUUGAUCGUGGCCGUCGUGUCGCCCACCGGCAAGAGGAACCACAGCAAGGCCAGGAAGGGCUACCGCGUGGUGAAGCAGCAGAGCAGGCGGCCGGGGGCGAGGGCAGAGGGCGACCCGGAGUCCCCGCUCCUGCCCCUUCCUAUGCAGGGUGGGGAAGGGGCUGCUGCGGGGGAGCGACCGCUCGGCCUGGAGACCCACGGCUUUAACGAGGCGCUCAGCGAGCGGCUCCCCCUGCGCAGGGAGCUGCCCGAGGUACGACACCCGUUGUGCCUACAGCAAGAGCAUGACUCCAAUCUGCCUACUGCUAGUGUCAUCAUCUGUUUCCAUGAUGAAGCCCGGUCUACUCUGCUGAGAACUGUUCACAGCAUCAUGGACACAGCCCCAAAGGCUUCCCUCAAGGAUAUCAUCCUAGUCGAUGACCUCAGCCAGCAAGGGCCUCUGAAGUCAGCGCUGAGCGAGUAUGUCUCUAAGCUGGAUGGUGUGAAGCUCAUCCGGAGCAACAAGAGGCUUGGAGUCAUCCGAGGGCGGAUGCUAGGAGCCGCACGGGCAUCGGGGGACGUGCUUGUCUUCAUGGACUCACACUGUGAGUGCCAGAAGGGCUGGCUGGAGCCCCUCCUGGCCAGGCUGUCCAUCAACCGAAACAGUGUCGUCUCCCCUGUCAUCGAUGUCAUAGACUGGAAGACUUUUCAGUACUAUCACUCUGUGGGCUUGCACCGAGGAAUUUUUGAUUGGAAACUAAACUUCCACUGGGAAGCGGUGCCGGAGCACGAAGAGAAGGUACGGCAGUCUCCCAUCAGCCCUAUCAGGAGUCCUGUGGUAGCUGGUGCAGUAGUGGCCAUGGAUCGACAUUACUUCCAAAACAUUGGAGCUUAUGACCCUGACAUGACCCUGUGGGGAGCAGAAAAUCUAGAGCUAUCUAUAAGGACCUGGCUGUGCGGUGGCUCUGUCGAGGUCAUUCCCUGCUCCCGAGUUGGGCACGUCUAUCGCAGCCACCUUCCCCCAGCCCUCCCCUACGAAGAGGCCACUACGAGGAACAAAAUCCGGAUAGCAGAGACCUGGCUGGGCUCUUUUAAGGAGAACUUCUACAGGCAUGACACAGUGGCCUUCUUAAUCAGCAAGGCAGAGAAGCCAGACUGCAGUGAGAGAAUUCAGCUGCAGAAGAGACUGGGCUGUAGGAAUUUCCAGUGGUUUAUAUCAAAUGUCUACCCUGAACUCUCCCAAGGUGAAGACACACCAAGAUUCUCUGGCAGGCUUUACAACACUGGCAUUGGCUUCUGUGCGGAUUACAGACCUGGCAGCACCGUUGCAGAAGGCUCUAUCAAACUCUCCCCUUGCAGUGACAGCCUCACCCAGCACUUUGAAUACAACAGCGGGAAGGAAAUCCGGCUUGGUUCCGCUCCACUGGUUUGCUUUGAUGUCAGACACGGGAAGGUUACCCCUCGAAACUGUACAAAGGAGACAGACAACAGACAGCAGCACUGGCAUGUCCAGGAGGAUGGAAUGAUUGUCCAUGUCCCUUCUGGCCAAUGCAUGGAGGCAGUGAAGAGCGAGGCCGAGGAGGACUUGCGUUUGUGUGUGUGUAACAGGAGUGCAAACCAAGUGUGGCAAUUCGAGCGUUCCCCUCUGCCACGCCAGAGGUGACUGACAAGUCUCCAUGGGAAUCCAGACUCCAAAUGUCAACAGUGCUUCUCUUUGGGAUCCGUUUCCUGCAUGGACAAGGAAGAUCAGCGCCAUAGGCUGGGGACUGAGUGGCUGGAGAGCAGCCAGGAGGAAAAGGACCUGGGGGUACUGAUAGAUAGUAGCUGAACAUGAGCCAGCAGUGUGCCCAGGUGGCCAA